AUGCCAGUGCACAUCCCUGAACACCUCUACACACCCUUCACCACACCACGGCACACCCUCUACAUGCCAGCACACAUCCCUGAACACCCCUACACACCCUUCACCACACCACGGCACACCCUCUACAUGCCAGUGCACAUCCCUGAACACCUCUACACACCCUUCAUCACACCAUGGCACACCCUCUACAUGCCAGCACACAUCCCUGAACACCCCUACACACCCUUCAUCACACCACGGCACACCCUCUACAUGCCAGUGCACAUCCCUGAACACCUCUACACACCCUUCACCACACCACGGCACACCCUCUACAUGCCAGUGCACAUCCCUGAACACCUCUACACACCCUUCACCACACCACGGCACACCCUCUCAAUGCCAGCACAUAUCCCUGAACACCCCUACACACCCUUCACACCACCAUGGCACACAAUCUACAUGCCAGUGCACAUCCCUGAACACCCACCCCUACACACCCUUCUUCACACCUCUUUUACAUUGUUCUCUGUCAUCCAUCUGUUCAUGUUUUACUUCUCUGACCUGGCUAAAGGGAUGAGCCUGAAACUUAAUGAUGAGGUUUAG